CCAGCCUCAUCUUCACCAACACGACUGACUUGCUGAUUAACCACUACAAUGGACCCAAAUCUGGAGCUCUACAGGAGUGUCUUGAACCUGCCGCUAGCGGAGCGUAGAGAACGCUUGCGGCAUCUUUCACAGUCGGAACGUUCCAGGGUUUGGAUGAUCGUCGACAGGGAGCAGAAGAUCCAGAUGCUAGAAGAACUCAUCGCAGGCCGGGACCUCGUUCAAGUCGCUUUAAACAACCCGUCGGAGAUUAUAUCUAAUAUGCGAUUAAAAUACACCCUGCUUGGCCGAAGCAUCUACCCCUAUGACGAGAAUAUGAUGGUUAAACGCAUCGCCAACGAUGUCGCAAGAACUAGUCAGACUUUGAUCGACUAUAUCGCAGAAUUCGAUCAAAGCAUACAGCCUCUUCCCCUGGAUGCCUGGAAGCUAGUCUACUGUGAUAUCUAUUAUAUUGAUAAAGAUAAUACUAUAAUACAGGAAAUCUACAAAGAAUACCUUCGAGAAGAGGAGCUGCAGACUCCUGCUGCCCAAGCCAGAGAUCUUGUACGGUAUAAUCAGCUUAAAAGAGCUCGGAGAAAUUCCAAAUGGAUGAUUCCUGCCAUCGAACACCUUAAAGCUGAGGAACAGACCCAAUGGACCCUGAAAGACGCGGAAUCCGUGCAAGAACUUAUGAAGCAGGGGAAACACGAGGAAGCUAUAACACCACUUCUGAAACGGGAUGCGUACAAGAAAACUCUAGAAAGACUCUGGAAACAGGUAUCUCCUGCGCCACCAGCCUGGAUACGGCAUAUCCUCGAAACUCGCCGAGAAUGGGGGUUUGUCUACUAUUUAUCUAGAGAGGUUAAUCAGAAACAUGGCUCUGACUGGGAACCGCUAUGGAGUCACAUUCAAUUAAGCUGGACGAACACCUAUGGUGGGAGGGAUAUGGCAGAUGCAACCUGGAUGAGCAUCCAUUGCCAAGGUGAAGAAAACCGUCGGCAGGUGUUGGAACCGCUCCUAACUGAGGAUUGGCCUACAUAUCGAGUUACCCCAGAACUGGCUGAAGAUGACGAUCUGAGAAAGCACUUCAAACAAUAUAAACAGGACAAAGAAUAUCUCCUCUCCCCCGGAAUUCUACGAAAUACUUUCAUCGUGAUUCCCAUCGAAUUGAUUCCCGAAUUGUCUGAGGACGGUGAGUUCACGGCGAACCAUAAUCUUGAUCCUUAUUGGGUUUGGGCAUAUGACGCAGACUGGGAUAGUUCAGAUGAAGAAACUGUCGUUAAUGGGGAGACCUAUCAAGGCCGUGUCAAGGUGGCAAAAUGGUCAAUCAGCUCAUGGUUCUACGCUGCUCGAUGGGAGGAAGUAAAUCUUCGAGAUAUGUGGCUCAAGGCACAACAGCAUCCGGAAAAGUUGUGGAUUUGUUAUAUAAAGGAACUAGAAGAGUGGGAUCACGAACCCUAUGUUUAGUUUAGCCUUGAGAUGGCAGGGGACUAGUUGUUGGUUAUGCUUGAUGUAUAACUUAAGUAGGAGGUUGGGAUAGUUAUAUACUUGCCGACAUUAGUUGGAAAUAAUACUUAAAAG